AAAUGGAAAAGGACACAUGAUUUUGGGAAGUUGUUUUAGAAGUUUGGAACCUUGCUGAAACUUCGAAAAUAAUACUUUGGAUCGUAUAUUCUCAGGAAGUAGUGAUUUAGAUCAUUGGAAAUGCCAAAUAGUAGGCGAAAGAAGAGGCGUCUAACGCCAAAUGCUACCGAGAAAAAGGUGAAAACAAAGCGAGUUCGGAGAGACAGUGAUCCGUGUGUUUCCAAAUCAGAUAGUCCUUUAAAUGAAUGUGAAGAAGAAGGAAGCGAAGAUGCUUGCACUACCCUUACUCUUAAAAGUGUAUUGUCUCUCUCAGGUGACUUGGAAAAUGCUUGUCUGCUUUUUCUUGCCAAAGGACAGAGAGUUUGCAUGAAAGGACUGGCCAAUGUCAAAGUAUUAAUUGGAGUUGUGAAUAUUCUUGGCUCAAAUAUUGGACCUGAGCAUGAAGCAGUUCAAAUCUUUUCACCAAGUUCAUCAAGCCUUAUUUCAUUGUGUGAGUUUAGUGAUGCCAAAAUCAAACUGGAGACAAAAAAAAGAACUUUGAGAGAAACUCUUCAAAAGCAGUCAUCAGACUUGAUCCAAAAAGCUGUAAAAAGGGCCAAGAAAGCUGCCACAGUUCUAUUAAUUUCAUCAUUACAAACUGUUGAGACCAGCUUUGUAUCCAGCUUUCAAUGCUAUGAGGGAAUCUUUAACCUGGAUCUUGACAAGAGUUAUUCGUUAAGCAGUACAGAACUGGCUUUGAAGAAAAGGACUGCUGCGCAAGGAUUCAUUCUUCUGAACCCAGAAUCAAGAUGUAACAUUCUCAUGAUUCCUAAAGAGUGGAAAGGUAUUGCCAGCUCACUGCAAAAUGCUGAUGAAGAUGUUCCAGGGGAAGUAAACACCCCAGUUGUUUUAAUAUGUGGUGGAAAAGAUGUGGGAAAGUCAACAUUUGCAAGAUAUCUAACAAACUUUCUUCUAAAUAGUCACAAGGAAAUUUACUUCCUUGAGUGUGACGUAGGGCAAACAGAAUUCACUCCACCUGGUUUGAUUUCACUUCAUAAAGUUGGUACUCCUUUAUUUGGUCCUCCCUUCACUCAUCUCAGACAACCCGAGAGGUCUGUGUUUUUCGGAGACAAUUCUUCUAAAGAUAGGCCAGAGUUGUACGUGCGCUGUAUUCACGAUGUGUACAAGACAUACGCUGACCACUACAGGGGCAAGAUUCCUCUGAUUGUUAACACACAGGGCUGGGUGAUAGGGAUGGGAGUUAAUAUACUGCUAGACGUGAUUCGAAUGGUGAAACCUUCGCACAUCAUCCAGUUAAAUUACACAUCAGAAGAAAGUGUCAACAAGAACUUGCCAGCUAUAACAGAGGAAUUCUUAAUGAACACACCUGGAUGGGCGUUCGCAGAUGAUGCUGAUGAUGAAAUCGAAAGUGUCCAUAAGGAUCAGAGCGACGGAACUGUGGACGUUGACGCGAAUGAGCGGAGAAGUUGUAGUGUGUCGUUCAAACCUGUUGUGUUGCAAAUAGAUAGUACGUCUGAAUCAAAAGGGCCGAAUCCAACAACAUCAAAAUUCAGCCCUAGGGAUCAACGCAGUUUGGCAUUGUUGGCCUAUUUCAGUCGGACAAUAACGAACAACGCAAUAACCGAAGCUCGUGAAGUUCCGCCGGCUGUUAAUGUGGCAUCUUUGAUGUCCUGCAUCCCUUAUCAAGUUCCUUGGAACUGUUUGGCCAUACAUGUCAUUCAUUCAGAGGUUCCUUGGAAUCAAAGUCUGUUCUCAAUAAAUGCGAGUGUUGUGGGACUGGCCAAGAUGAAAUCAGACGAGAUGCACCGCAUUGGGGAUGAUAAUAACACACCAUACUUCGUGGAAAAAAGUCCAGUUGCAGAAUGCAUUGGUCUUGGAAUCGUGAGGAAUAUUGAUCCUGCGCGGAAGUUGUUGUACGUGUUAACACCAUUACCAUUAGAUAGACUUCAACAAGUGAACGCUCUAUUGAAAGGAAACAUCGAAAUUCCCGCUGCAAUUAUGUUGUCGACAAAGCAAGCAAAUGCUCCGUAUGUUUCCUCGGAAUUCUCAUUUGAUGUGCGAGGAGCUGGAUCCAGAAAAAUUCGGUACAAUUUGCUGAGGAAAAGUCUUACUCGAGCGCGAGAGCACCAGAUGGAUGACGUACGGAAAAACACAGUUAAAUAAAUACAAUUACCACAGGGGUGAAUACGGCCUCCUGUGCAGCGACGUCAAAAUUUUGGGUUUGAUUUGCAAUACUUGUGUGCUACAGGAAAAACUUUCUUUCGAAUUUUUAUAUAACGGCUUAUCAUGACCUGAAUAUGGUUAAAUCUCCUCUGGAGUCUGAUUUGAAAUGUACCUCUCCCAUCGCAGAAAAAAGGCUGUAACCCACGAUUUGACCUCGUUCCCAUGUUGGCGGCGUCUUGUCAUGGAAUAAAUCAAACGCAGAAACAA